ACACUCCUCCCCCCUCGCAAACUUGGAGCUUUCUCCCACUUUUACCAUGUUCUUCUAUAGUCUAUAACCGGUCUUCUUCGAUGCAGCCUGUUUUCCUCCUUAUCAUAAUGACGCUGGCCGUUGAUGGAACAAAUAUGUCGCUGGACCGCCUCUAAAGCACAAUUGAAACUUCAAUGCCAGUGAAUGUUUUUAAAUCUCUUGAUUUUGGUUAGAUGAAAUAUGCGAUGUCCGCGGGUGAGCCGGGUUCUUUUUCUGCUACAUUCUGUUUUGUUUUUGUCUGCCAGCCAUGUCGAGUUCUCGCUGCCUGGCAGCCUCCUCUCUCCAGACGAAGAACACGGUCGCUUUCUCCAGUCCCAGUCGGAUGUGUCCAUGGUCCAUCCAGUCAAAGUUGACAGAGAUGGACAGUUUCUCUCCCACUCUCUGGCACACCGCCUUGAGCGCGUGCGGCACAAGCGAGACUUGGGGGCUUUGGAGGGACGCGUUUAUUAUAAGGUGAACUACAAGGGCCGCGAUUUGGUUUUCAAUCUAACAGUCAACAACUAUUUGGUGUCGAACGAAUAUAUUCUAGAGCGGCGAAACGGGAGUCUGAACCGGACUGAGCACCGUACCACAGGGGUGAACGCCUGCCACCUGAUCGGCACAGUGACUGAUCCUACUAAUGCGCGCGGGACAGCCGCCAUCAGCACCUGUGAAGGCUUGAAAGGUCUCUUUACCUUGCCUGAGGGACCCCACUUCAUUCAGCCAGUCCAGGGGUCCACUGAUGGGGCUGUCGAGCGGGAGGGACCAGAGCCCCAUGUGGUCUACCCCAGUGUAACCACGGUACCACACAGAUACCGACGCAGCUCUGAGGCCCGGGACACACACAGCCCCUGUGGGGUCAGAGACGCACCAGGUGAUUCCCUAGUGGUGGAGAGGGAGAGAGAAGACUGGGAGAGGGAACAGCAGGAGGAGGAGAGGGAGAGAGAGGAGGAGACGGCUCAACAUCGCUCCCAACGCUCCGUCAGCAGAGAGAGGUGGGUAGAGACAAUGGUGGUGGCAGACUCUAAACUGAUCGACUACCACGGCAGUGACAACGUCGAGUCUUACAUCUUCACCAUCAUGAACAUGGUGGCAGGGAUCUUCCAUGAUGCCAGUAUAGGAAAUGCCAUCCACAUCAUCCUGGUCCGCCUGAUCCUCCUGCAAGGAGAGGAGAAAGGGCUGAAGAUCAUCCACCAUGCAGACACUUCUCUGGCCAGUUUCUGUGCCUGGCAGAAGAACCUCAACCCACUAAGUGACACACACCCUGCUCACCACGACGUGGCAGUGCUGGUCACCAGGAAGGACAUCUGUGCAGGGCUCAACGAGCCGUGUGAGACCCUUGGUCUGUCCCAUCUGUCAGGGAUGUGCCAGCCUCACCGUAGCUGCAACAUCAACGAAGACUCAGGACUACCUGUAGCCUUCACCAUUGCACACGAGCUGGGACAUAGCUUUGGGAUCCACCAUGAUGGUCAGGGGAAUGACUGUGAGAUGGAUGGCAGACACCCCUUCAUCAUGUCCAGACAGCUGAUGUAUGACACCUCCCCCCUUACCUGGUCCUCCUGCUCCAAAGACUACAUCACACGCUUCCUAGAUCGUGGUUGGGGCUUCUGUCUGGACGACCGUCCCUCAAAGAAGGAUCUGACCACCCCACUGGCCCGUCUGGGGGUCCGCUACACCACACAGCACCAGUGCCAACUACAGUACGGCCCCAAUGCCACCUACUGCCACGAGAUCGAUAAUGUGUGUCAGAUCCUGUGGUGUUCAGUGAAUGGGUCCUGUCGCUCUAAACUGGACUCACCCAUAGAUGGUACUCGCUGUGGCCCUGAGAAGUGGUGUAUCUCAGGGGAGUGUGUUAUCAUAGGGAAGCUACCGGAGACAGUGAAUGGGAACUGGGGACAGUGGAGUAGCUGGUCUCACUGUUCCAGGACCUGCGGGGCCGGGGUGAAGUCUGCUCACAGGGAGUGUAACCACCCCAAACCAGAGUUUGGUGGGAAGUACUGUACAGGCGAGAGGAGGCGUUACCAUAUCUGUAACACCAAACCAUGCCAAAAGGCCAAACCCACCUUCAGAGACAUGCUGUGUAGUGAAUUUGACACAGUGCCCUACCAGAACGAACUCUACGAGUGGGUCCCUGUGGCCAGCCUAUCGAGUCCGUGCGAGCUGCACUGUCGUCCUGUGGAUGAGCAUUUCUCUGAGAAGAUGCUGGAUGCUGUGACAGACGGAACUCCCUGCUUCAUGAACAACAACUCCAGAAGCAUCUGUGUCAAUGGAGUGUGCAAGGAGGUGGGCUGUGACUAUGGUAUAGACUCUAACGCUGUAGAGGAUCGUUGUGGAGUGUGUCUGGGCGAUGGUUCCUCCUGUGAGACUGUCCAGAUGACCUUUGAUGGGGGGGAUGGCUUCGGCUACGUGGACGUGGGAGUGAUCCCAGAGGGGGCACGUGACAUUGUGGUCCAGGAAAUGGAGGAGGCAGGGAACUUUCUGGCUCUGCGGGGUCAGGGGUCAGAGGAGUACUUCCUGAAUGGCCAGUACAUCAUCCAAUGGAACGGGGAGUACAAGGCAGGCGGAACCACCUUCUACUACGAACGCAGCGGGAACCUGGAGAACCUUACCUCACCUGGACCCACCAAACAACCAGUCAUGAUCCAGUUGCUGUACCAGGAGAAGAACCCAGGUAUAAAGUAUGAGUACACCAUCAAGAGGAACCGCCAGACAGGAAAUGAGGUCAUCAGGUCGGAGUAUAGGUGGAGGCAUGGGGCCUGGACAGACUGCAGCACCACCUGUGGGCUAGGUAAACAGCAUCAGCCUGUCAGGUGUUUUGAGUUGGAGGUGGGCGUGGUCGAUGAGGCUUUUUGUGACCCAGAGAGCCGCCCGGAGGACCAACACCGCAAGUGCAAGAACAUGGACUGCCCUGCCAGGUGGUGGGUGGGGGGCUGGCAGCUGUGCUCUGCCACCUGUGGUUCGGGAGGGGUGAGGAAACGUACAGUGCUGUGUGUGCGCACGGUGGCGGGGGAGGAGAGGGUGCUCCACCCUGGGGACUGUAAACAGCUGCUCAAACCCAAACCUGUGGUUCCCUGCAACAGAGACCUGCUCUGUGGACCUGACUGGGCCGUGGGCAACUGGAGCGUGUGCCCAGUGACAUGUGGUGGUAGCGUGCGCACCCGGACGGUCACCUGCCUGACCGCACCCCCAAAAAAGUGUGACAACGAAACCAUGCCUCGCUCCAAGUCACUGUGCGCCCUGCAGAGCUGCCCAAGCAAAGGCCUCCGACGACGUCCGGGACCACCCCCUAAAUACCGCCGUAUCUACCUGCCCAAGAGACACCCAACCAGGCAGCCAGUUACACACACCUGGUGCCCCAAAAGCACCAGCACCACCACUACACCCAGAACCAGCACUGUUACUGUGACUGAGAGAACUACAACCCCCAUCACCACUUCUACCACCAAGCCCUUCCCACCGUCCUCCACAGCCACUGAUAUCAUUGACGUAGAUGACUAUGAGUUUAACCUGAUAGUGGUGAAGAAUGGGCAUGUAGAGGACAAGGAUGGGGCGUAUAUUACGACCAGUCCUACUGAAACGGAGAACAGAGAGAUGAGAGAGAAAGAAGAGGAGGACGAGAAAAAGGAGGAGGAGGGGAGUGCAGCUGAUUUUUUGUUUCCAGAUUCGGGGGUGACAUACACUCCAGGGUAUGACUAUGUAGUGGAGGAUGUGACUACAGAGGAGGAGGGGCUUACAGAUCUGGACAUUUUUACCACGGAAACCUCUCUCGGGACUCCCAACCAAUCACCACCCAUCGUGACCACCACCGGGUUACACCCUACAUCCACACCACACACACCACACACAAGUGUCCCAACAACAUCACAUACAACCCCACACACAACCAGAGUACCCCUCACUACCUCCCCCUCAACCCCACAAACCAGCACUGCACACUGGGCCAUGAACACCAGCCACUACCCCCUCACUCCCCCCAACACCACACCUUCCAUCAACCCUUUCACCAACCGGACAACCAGGAUGGAGGUGUUCUGGGUGGUGGGCAACUGGAGCGAGUGUUCAACGUCGUGUGGCCUAGGGGCAAUGUGGAGGCCAGUGCUGUGUAGCUCCCAGCAUGAAUCGGACUGUGCCAACCUGAAGAGACCAGAACCAGCUCGCACCUGCCACCUGCACCCCUGUGCCACCUGGCUGAGUGGCAAUUGGAGCAAGUGUCCGAAGGGGUGUGAGGUGGUGGGCAGGAGGCAGCGUGAGGUGCAGUGUGUGGACGGGCAGAAGGGACGUCCACUGAGACCGUUCCACUGCCAAGCCCUUUCCUCCAGACCCCCCAGCAUCCUGUCCUGUCGUCCCCAACCCUGCCAGCCCUGGAGAACCUCCCCCUGGGGACAGUGCUCUUGUAGCUGUGGUGGUGGAUUGAGGGAGCGGCUGGUAUACUGCCCUGAAGCGCAGCACUGUAGCGCCACCCAGAGGCCAAACGACACAGAGACCUGCAACCUGCAGCCCUGCAGCUACUGGGACCCACAGGACUGGGAGGAGUGCUCUGUGAGUUGUGACGAGGGGUUGCAGCAUCGUGUGGUGCGGUGUGUUGUUGAGGACUCCGGCUCUGUGGAGAACAGUCUGUGUGAGCAGAGCAGCAGGCCUGACACACUCAGGAAAUGCAACAUGCAGGAGUGUCAGACUAAAACCGGUCCGCUGUGUAGGAAGAACAGCAUGUCGUCUCGGUUCUGUGACAAGCUGAAGCUGCUGGGCCGCUGCUCCCUCAGGUCCAUCCAGAAACAGUGCUGUGUCACCUGUAGAGGGUAACUCUGACCCGCACUACCUGUCUCAUGGACCUCAAACGCAUACAUACAGGGCAUCCACACUGCUCUCCUAUGGGUGCAGCUCAUCUCUAGUGCAAUCAGCUGGCAACAGCCUUUUCAUCAUCAUCAUCAUCAUCAUCAUCAUAACCACCACAGACCGUUACCUAUAUGGGGUGGGAAUUCAAGAAGCUAAAAUACUGUAUAUUGCUGCUGUGUGCAGUUUGUCUUAGCCUUGCACCUUCCUAGCUCAUACUGUGUAACCCAGGGUACCAGGCCUCCAACAGCCUCUAAAGACUUAGUUAUGUGAACUUCUCACCCAUGUCCCACCUGUUUUCCAAUACUGUUGAAUGUCAGUCAAAAUAUCAAGCUGUGUAAAAGCCUGUUUGGCUUGCAUUUUGUUCUCUAUUCCAAGUUUCCCCGCUAAUACAGAAAUUAUGGUGACAGCCGGUAACACUUUGUUUACAACCCCCUUUCAGCUGGUAUUUGCCUGGUAUUUACAAAUAAAUUAUGUGGUGACAAUGGGUAUUUUCUGGCACUUACUUUAAUGGUGCUGGAUUUAAUGAAUCCCCAAAAAACGAAUAAUUAAUGAUAAGGUAACUAUUAUGUCAUGAACAUUUUCCUAUGACACUAAGCAAAUACUUGGUAAAUAGUAGACUGUACAAUAAAAAUUCAUGUUUUUAA